AUGUCUGUUAUUUGUACUAAUGAAGAUAAUCAAACAUCUGAAAUAAAAGAUGAAGAAUCUAUCGAAAAUUCUACUAAUACACCAACACAUUUUCAUGAGCUGAUUAAAACACAAAAAAUAUCAAUCGAAAAUAAAAAAGAUGAGAUUGAAAUCACACUGAAAAAUUUUAGAAAGACAAAUAUUGAUUGGAAUAGUAUGUCCGAUUAUAUUAAUAAUGAUUUUGAUCAAUUUUGUGAAUUGAAAUUACAUAUUAUUGAUAAAGAAGAUAAUAUUAAUAAUUUGAUUGAAUCUGAAUUUGGCAAACUAAUCAACGUUGUAAGAGAUCAUCCAACAUUACAAAAUAUGUUGAUUAGCUUUGAGCCCGUUAAUACCAAUAAGACUCAUGUCUUAUUCAAAGGACUCAAAGACAAUUGGUCCAUUAAACAUUUAACCAUAAAUUCAUCAGACUUCAAUUUGCAAACAGCACGUGCAUGUGCACAAAUUCUUGCAAACAAUCAAUGGUUACUUUCUCUUACCAUGGAAAUCUUUUGUGGAUCGGGUUUUGAUCGAGAUUGUGGGAAUUUUUAUUAUCCGGUUACUAAUGAAUGUGUUGUCGAACUAGGUCGCUCGCUACAGAAAACUGCUCUUGAACGACUUAUAGUUCAAAAGAUUAGUGAGGAAGGUUUCGAAGUUCUUGCAUCAUAUCUACCAGUUACACUGAUUCAUCUCGAUUUGCAUGGUAAUAACAUGCAAUUUUCUAGUAUUCCUAUCUUAAAUUCGUAUCUUACAUCAAAUGGUCAUGGUCUUAAAGAACUAAUUCUCAAUGAUAGUUUUCCAAUAGAAGAUCUGCCAGAAGAAAUAUUAUCAUCAUCGAUGAUUCAGGCCGCAAAAAGUUCGAGUGUGGAAGCGCAGAUUUUGCGAAAAGAUUCAUAUCCCUCAAUAGCGAUGUGGCAAAUGAACGAUCGUCAAUGGUCCCUCUUGAUGAAGGAGUUAACCAAAGAUGAUACGCAUAUUCGUAAACUGAAUCUGUCGGGUCCAAGUCAGUUGGAUGAAAAAACUCGAUUGAAUUAUUUUAGAGUUAUAUUGGGUAAACAGUCUCGAUUGACAAAUUUAACAAUCGGAAGUUUCGAAGAUGAAUUAAUACAAAUUGAAUUAUUUCGAAUAAUGAAAGAAAAUAAAUCCAUUACUGAACUUGAAAUCGGCUUGGAAAUGGGUCCAAAAGUUCUUCGUGAGUUAGUAGAUCUUCUUAAAAUUAAAAAUAAUUUUACUUCAUUGUCCGUACACAAUAAAUUGGGAGUUUAUGAUGAUGACAUCAUCGCGUUGGCAAAUAGUUUAACAUCCAUUGUUGUUCUGCAACAUUUUCGUAUACAAUGUUACAGUUAUAUCGGUGAUACUGGCUUUCAAGUUCUUCUCUCUUGCUUACCUCAGUCAAUCUGCCGAUUAAUAUUACCACAUUGUCUAGUUACAGAAAAAAGUUUACCUUUUCUCUUUGAUUUUAUUAAAACUCAUCCUAAUUUACAAGAAGUUUCCAUUGAAGAAAAUGGAAUAAGUAACGCUUCAUCUCAUAUCAAUGUACCUGAUUUACUAGAAAAAAUCUCUCAAAUUACCAAUGAAAAUGGUUGUAUUUUUAAGUUGAACAUUAAUAAUAAGGUUAAAGAAACGUUAACCAAGUCAACUAAUGGUCAUAUUAAUUUAAGUUUUGCUUAUUUACAAGAUAAUCAUAUACUUGAAUUAUGUCAUGGAAUACAGGAGAACCUCAAUCAGGAUUGGUUUUUAAACUUAGAUUACAACAGCGAUAUCUCACACGUUGGAUAUUCGUAUUUAGCAAAUAUUCUGUCAUCUUCAGUCCCUGUUCGUGAACUAUCUCUUCAUCUUAAUAACAUGAAUGAAGAAGCAAAAAAAACUCUUUUUCAUGCUUUAUCCGAUAAUAAGACACUGAGAAAAGUGAUCUUAAAUGGAAAUAAGAUUACUGUUGAAGAUAUGGAAUAUAUUGGACAUUUUAUACAGAACAAUCCUAUGCUUACAGAAAUUCAACUUUCUCAAUGUACCAUCAAUUCUAAUGAUGCUGUUCAUUUAGCCAAAUUUUUAUCUGAAAGUAAUUUAGAAAAACUAGACUUUUCCAUCAAUUCACUUGGCGAUCUUGACUGUGCAGCUAUUCUUUCUUCUAUUCCUCCGACAUUAACCGAUUUAUCAUUUCGCAUCAACCAAAUAACUCAAUCAAGUUUCUACACAAUUCUCAAUUUUCUCAAGAAAAAUCAAACAUUAAAAAGACUUGACUUACGUGAAAAUCCAAGUUAUGAUCGAUAUCUAUCAGAAGAAAGAACUGAUAUUUAUAAAGAACAAUUAAAUGAAGUAGCAAAACAAAAUGGCAUUUGUAAACUUAUUUAA